GCUGGGGAGAGUUGGGAUCUGCUGCCUCUGGGUAUCUGGAAUGUACUGCUAAGACUUUCCACGCUUCCCAGCGCUGCCGAGCAGAUCAAGGAUAAUGUCAUCAUGCAGCUCAGGGGGGGCCUCAGGGCUCGAUUCCCGGCCCAGAUGCAACACUCCAGGGCCGGUGCAAGGAAAUUCCUUCCUGGCACGGCACCUCCUCCCCCCGCGGAGCCGCUCGCUAGCCCUGCUCAGCCAGGAGGACGCCUUGGAGAGCUUCGACGGCUCUGCCAGAAGGGUCCGUGACCUGAGUGAUGCUUUGGGCUCUGACCUGCUGGACCGCAGCUGCUCCCUCCCCGACCCGCAGCUGGUCCGCAGGAUCGUGUCCCAGGUGGAAUUCUACCUGUCCGAUGAGAACCUGGCCAGGGACGCUUUCCUCCUGAAACACGUCCAGAAGAACAAGAUGGGCUUUGUCAGCAUCAAACUACUGACAUCCUUCAAGAAGGUGAAGUACCUGACACGUGACUGGCAGCUCACGCUCUAUGCCCUGAAAUUCUCGGAGCUGCUGGAGGUGAACAAGGAGGGCACCAAAGUGAGGCGCCGGGUGCCCAUCCCCGAGGCCCUGCUGAGCAUCCCCCCCAGCAAACUGCUGCUGGCCUGGGAGCUGCAGCCCCAGGAGCAGGACCCACUGCUGCUGCCACUGUUCCAGGAGAACUUCCUGGAGAUCAUCCUGAGGAUGUUCAGCCCCUUCGGAGCCAUUGCCUCCAUCCGCGUCUUGCGGCCGGGCCGAAAGCUGCCCUCAGACGUGAGGAGAUACUCAGCCAAGUUCCCCGAGCUGCUGAGCAGGUGCUGUGCCCUGGUGGAGUACGAGAGCCUGGACAGCGCCUGCAGGGCCUUCGAGGACCUCGGGCACCGUGACUGUGACAGUGGCAUCAAGGUGGUCCGGCUGUGCGGGAAGGGGAACAGGAGGAAACCUGGGGAAGAGAGGCAGGUGGUGGAGGAGCUGGUGGAUCAGCCAGGCUGGAAGGUGCAGGGAGCUGCCCUGAGCCUCCCCUACAGCCACGAGGACUCCCUGCUCUCCAGCUCUCCGGGGUCGGAUGAUGCCUCGGGGCCACUGUCCCUUCUCCUGAACAAGGACCCCGUGGCACCCGCCUGGCCUGGCAGCAACUUCAAGCCUGGGAAUUUCAGCACCUUCACCGGAUCACUCCUCACCAGCAACAAGGUUUUCCCUCCUCUUGGGCUGGGCUUGGGAACCAGCAGCUGCUACAGCCCCCGCAGCAGCACCAAGAGCCCCUGCAGUGGCUGGGGGGGCACCACGGCUGCCUGGGGACCCUGGAGCAGAAGCCCCUCUCCUGAUAUUGAACCUCCUCCAGGAAAUCCUCUGGCAGCAAAGUGGGUGUCUGAGCCCCUCAGCCUGUGGGACGAGGUCCUUCACCUGCCCCACAGCCCCGAUGACACCAAAGGCUUUGGCAGCAGCUUUGGGAGCGGAGAGCUCGUCCUCUGGCGCUGAGGCUCCUUCGCAUUUGGGGUUGAGGCUUGUUAUUUUCUUUCUUUUCCCUCCUUCUCUCGAGCAGAAGAUUUCUCCGUGGCCCCAAGAGCUGUGGGCGCUGGCGGUGCAGCUGCUCCAGGGGAUGGAAGUUUUGGGACAAGGACGAUGCUCGAGGCGAGAGGCUGAGCAGCAGCAGGAGCUGUGCUGUGUUCAUGCCAGUGGGACUGUUCUUGCCUGGGGCCCAGAGUUAGGAUAGGGUCCAGGUUUUGGAUGGGAAAUGGGCAAAUAAAGAGAGAUUAAUU